AACAUAUAUAUCAACAAAUACUAUCUUCUGAGUUCAUUUUGGUUAAAAUUCUUUUUUCCAACUCUCAUUUCCAUCCUUACUCGCAGUGUAUUAAGGUAAAAAUUAUGUUUUAUAGAUGAAAUUUAGAAAAAAAUUGGCUUUUUGUAUUUCCAGUUUAUUUGUUAGAAAAAUGUUUAAUUCACUAAAAUUUUUUUCCAUUGAGUUUGACAAAAUAAGUUUGAUUUUUGAAGCUAUUGGCUUUUAUAACUUGAAAUUUGUAAGAAAUGCGGAUUUAUCAUUAAUUUAUUCGAAAAUUGUAGUAUUUGAAUAACAGUUGUCUUUCUCAAAUUUAAUUUAGUCAAACAUUGGUUAUUAUGAAGUUUUAUAAUUAUUAAGUGGCAAAUAGACAGUUUGCUUUUCAGAGUUCGAUUUAUUGGAAGAUUUAGCUUUUUCAAGUUUUAUUUCGUGAAAUUAUUCACAAAAUACAAUAGAGGUUUACCGAACUAUUUCCAAUACUAACAGGAAUUCUAAAAGUUGACAGUCUGAGCUCAGUCUUGUUCAAUUUAAUUAUGGAUGAAAUAAUUAUCAUCUUGAAAGGAUAUAAGAUGAAACGAAGAUUUAUAAAUAUAUUAUGCUACGUCGACGCCGCAAUCUUCAUAGCCAAUAAUGAGGAUAACCUACAGCGUUUGCUAUAUCGGUUCCAAAUAACAGCCGAAAACCUUAAUAUGCAGAUAUGUGUAGAAAAAUAGAAUCAGUGGUAAUAGCAACAGCAUACAAGAUAUAAACCAGCUUAGAACGACAACCCCAUGUACCAGGGUAUGCAAUGUUUAUAAUUAGUCAAGAUCACAAGAGGUACGAACCCAAAUCAAUAAGUCCCUAAGAAUCUCUGGCUAUCUGGAAAAUGGAAAAACAAAUAAGAAGCAAAGCCAUAAGAAAAGAAUUAAAAAUUUGGAAUGUAGUACGAUUCGCGAGACGGAGACUACCGUAUUGGAGAAACCACAUUGACAGAAUGAUGGAAGAUCGAUGGGCUAAAUGGGCAAAGGAUAAAUAACUAAUUUCAAGGAGACCUCCCGGCUCUCAAGAGAUGGUACGAAAACUGGACAUCAACUUCUCAAGAGUUUGAAUAGUAGAAGAAACGAAACUAAGUCUUAAAAAAAAGAAAGAAGAUGAUGAUUUAUUUUAUUAAAUCAAAGUGUUUUCUAACAUUAAUUCGAUGAAAAUUGGCUUUUUAUAGUAACAUUUUCAUUUUCUUUCAUCUUAAUUUGGUCAAAAAUGGUGCUCAGUAAAUUGGCUUUUCUGUAUCAAUUUUUUUGGUAGGUUUAUUUUUCAAUACUCAGUUUAUAAGUCGCAUUUCAAGUUUAAUUUGGGAAAAAGUAUUUAUACAUCCAAUUCAAACAAUUUGGAAUAACAUAUUUUCAAUUUUAAUUCGAUACACAUAACUUUCAUCGGUUUUAUUGGGUUCAAAAUGGGUUUUUCUAGCAAAGAAUUUUCCAAAAACAGUUGUCUUAGUAAAAUUUAUUGAAAAUUAUGUAUUUUAUUGAUCAAUUUUUCAGAUUCUUUUUCUUUGCUUCAAUUUAUAUCGAGCAAUAGGAAUUCCUAAGCUCAAUUUAGUUGAAAAUGACUUCUAUGGGGUGAUCAUAAGUUUACAAAAAUAAAUAUUACAAUUUACGUUUGGUCUUUGAUCACCUUGUAUUUCCAAAUAUAUAAACAUGAUCUUCAUCCGCGUCUUUAAUACAUCGUAGUUUUAUUUGAUAAUACAUACGGUACCAAAACCAAUCAAAGAAUGUUCAGGGUAAUCAAGAAGAGGAUAUUAGUGAAAAACUUGAAGGUUAGUCCUGGUAAAGGGUCAUGAAGACUUUUUCUAUUCUAUUGGAUUAGUUUGUGAAGUUUUCUUUUCCAUUUCCAACAAUCUUCCAUUACAAUAUGAUAUGAGACAUGGAGAAUAGAGUAUUAUAAUGCGUACGAAUGAAGGAAAAAUAAAGUACUAGAAGAUUUUCUUCUAGGUCUAGGAAUCCAAUAUUACAAAUUUCCAUGCAAUAUACUUUCUAUUUACCUCUUGUACAAGAUAGUUCUAUAUAAUAAAAUUUUUCUAUCAUCCUCGUAUUUCAAUUCUUUAUUACUAGUUUAUUUAGAUUUUUUCUUCAAAUCAGAUCCGUUCUAAUAUUUCUUUUCUCUUAUAUUUACUUUUUGAUUCCUUAUUCAGGUUUUUUCUUAAUUCAAAAUUUUUCCCAAAAAAAAACUUUGUGUUCUAUGGAAAUCUGAAACUAUCGAUUAUAAUCUAUGGUUAUAUUCUCGUAAACUUACACAUCUUUCCGACAAGUGUGGCAACACUGUUGAAUUCUCUGUUAAAUCGUAUCGAACUUCAGAGCAACCGUAAUCAGUGGCCGAGAUAUACCAACACAGUUUAUGAAGUGACAAAUUGCAAUAUUUUAAAAAAUGGGAUUAUGGAGACGUUAUCCAAGGGUGCCCUCCGCAAAUGAUCUAAAAAAUGUAGUCGCUUCUUCGGGGUCUAUGAUAGUAGUGUCCAACCGACUACCAUUUGUGCUUCAGAGAGAUAAGGAUGGAAAAUUGAUAAGAAAAGCGAGUGCUGGUGGUUUGGUGACUGCAGUAGCUCCAAUAGUUAUUAACGGUGGAGGACUAUGGGUAGGUUGGCCAGGUAUACAUUUGGAAGAUCCAAAUGAACCAAUUCCCGAAUCUGAUCCUAAUGAUAUUACACCAACGGCAGGACUAAAAUCCGAAAAAGUGGUAGCAGUUUAUAUGGAUCCUGCAGUAUUUGAUUCAUAUUAUAAUGGAUGUUGCAACGCCACAUUUUGGCCGUUAUUCCAUUCAAUGCCUGAUAGGGCUUCAUUUAAGGCUGAACAUUGGAGAUCUUAUUUAAUAGCUAAUCAAAAAUUCGCAGACUGUACAUUGAAAGCUUUGAAAUCAUUACCAAAAAAUAGUACAGAAGUGCCAUUAAUAUGGAUCCAUGACUAUCAUCUCAUGUUAGCAGCUAAUUGGAUAAGACAGGCAGCAGAUGAAGAGGAGAUCAAAGUAAAAUUGGGCUUUUUCCUACACAUCCCCUUCCCUCCAUGGGAUAUAUAUCGGCUGUUUCCAUGGGCGGACGAAAUCCUACAAGGGAUGCUUGGCUGUGAUCUCGUUGGUUUCCACAUAACCGACUACUGCUUAAACUUCGUAGAUUGUUGUCAAAGAAGUUUGGGAUGUCGUGUUGAUAGAAAAAAUCUGUUAGUUGAACAUGGUGGAAGAACAGUUCGUGUACGUCCUUUGCCGAUUGGAAUUCCAUUCGAAAGAUUCGUUGAAUUGGCAGAAAAAGCGCCCAGAGUUAUUUCAACCAAUCAAAAAAUCAUUCUUGGAGUUGAUAGAUUAGAUUAUACUAAGGGACUUGUCCAUAGAUUGAAAGCUUUCGAGAAAUUGUUGGAAAAUCAUCCGGAACACAAAGAGAAAGUUUCAAUGCUACAAAUAUCUGUUCCCUCAAGAACUGACGUUAAGGAAUAUCAAGACCUUAAAGAGGAAAUGGAUCAACUAGUGGGAAGGAUAAACGGAAAAUUCACUACUCCUAAUUGGUCGCCUAUAAGAUACAUUUAUGGUUGCGUAAGUCAAGAUGAACUAGCUGCUUUCUAUCGGGACGCGGCUGUAGGUUUAGUAACUCCAUUGAGAGAUGGAAUGAACCUUGUAGCCAAAGAAUUCGUAGCUUGCCAGAUUAAUAUACCACCGGGAGUACUUAUUGUUUCUCCUUUUGCUGGAGCUGGUGAGACCAUGCACGAAGCGCUUAUCUCCAAUCCUUAUGAAAUAGAUCAAGCUUCAGAAGCUAUUCAUAGAGCACUAACUAUGCCAGAAGAUGAGAGGAUACUACGAAUGAAUUAUUUGAGGAGGAGAGAGAAACUCAAUGACGUCAAUUAUUGGACAAAAUCUUUCCUUUCAGCUAUGGGCUCUCUCCUUACUCAAGAAGACCAUGACGAUAUUGGUUCAACCAAUAUGCCUGCAGUAACUUUAGACGAUUUUGAUGAGUAUUUGUCAAAAUACAUAGGAAAUACGCAUAAGUUAGCGUUACUGCUAGAUUAUGAUGGUACUCUAGCACCAAUAGCUCCUCAUCCUGAUCUGGCCAUAAUUCCUGCGGAAACCAAAAAUGUGUUACAAAGAUUAUCGAAUGUCUCAGACUGUUAUAUCGCAAUUGUUAGUGGAAGGAAUGUCAACAAUGUGAAGGAUAUGGUUGGGAUUGAAGGAAUCACUUAUGCCGGUAACCACGGCUUGGAAAUUCUCCAUCCUGAUGGAACCAAAUUUGUUCACCCCAUGCCAACUGAAUUCCACGAUAAAGUUGGAAACUUGAUGCGACAACUACAAGAAAAAGUUUGUAGGGAUGGAGCUUGGGUUGAGAAUAAAGGAGCUCUUCUGACUUUCCAUUUCAGGGAAACUCCGGUUCAAUUGAGGCCAGCUUUGGAGAAACAGGCAAUAGAAUUAAUAUCAGAAGCUGGAUUCAAUGCUGAUAUAGCACAUUGUGCUGUAGAAGCAAGGCCACCAGUAGAAUGGAAUAAAGGAAGAGCGUCGAUUUAUAUCUUGAGAACUGCUUUUGGUGUUGAUUGGAGUGAGAGAAUUAGAAUUAUUUAUGUUGGUGAUGAUCAAACAGAUGAAGACGCGAUGCAGGCUCUUAAAGGAAUGGCUGCUACAUUUAGAGUGACUACAUCUUUAAUAACUAAAACAUCUGCUGAACGUCGACUUCCAUCUACAGACGCUGUAUUAACUAUGUUGAAAUGGGUUGAAAGACAUUUAGGAAGAAGAAAACCCAGCUUGGAUUCAGUUUAUGUGAGAAGGAACUCGGCACAGAUUCAACAUACAAUUGAAAUGGAGAUGAAAGUCGAUCCAAAAUUAUCCAACGCAACAAAUUCGAAGUAAAAUUAGCCAAAUUUUUGUGAUGUCUAUGUAAAUAUAAAACCGAGUGAUGAGUAUAUGUUGUGACGUCGUUUAUUAUUUUUUUGUUUUCAAUUUGUCUUAUCAAAAAGGUUUAAAUGAAGUAAAUAUCAAAAAAAGAGACUGAAAGGGUUGAAAAAAAAAUAGUCUAUAAGUAUGGACGUAUUUAAAAAAGGAAACUAUUUUUCGAAGACACAUUCAAAAAAUUUGUAUGUGCCUAAAUAUAAAUAUAAAUCUGAGAGAUAUGGAAAAUGUAAUGAUGCAAAAAAUGCAUCGCGAAACUGAAAUUUAUUCAAACAGUUAUAUAUAACACGGGCUAAUUUCACUUUAAGGCAUAUGACAGAAUUACCAUAUUCUCAAACAAUCAUAUUAUGUGCUAAAAACAUAAGAAUUUGUAUGAUUUUACAUUGCACAAAAUUGCUUAUUUCUAGAUAUUUAGAAACAUAAUUGUCAUAUUUAGAGAUGUCUGGGUUUGAUGUUAUGUGUUGAAAGAUCGGUGUUUAUAAGUUGUACCCAUUACCAGAAUUCAAAACAACCAUAUUAUAUUGAUCUGGUAAUUAGAUAUUGACCAUAAACCAUAUAGACUGAGUUUUACUUGUACUGUUAGAGAAGUACUUGAUUUCUCAUGAAAUUAUCAAUAUAUCAGAUCAUAAUUUUUUCUGGGAAACCCAGUACGUGACUAAUUACUUUAAAAGGAAAUAACGUGGUCCACUAAUGGACAUAAUCACAAAUUUUAUUUUUGUAAUUGAAUAUUGCACAGUUUUAUAUAUUUUUAGAUGAAAAUCAAAAUACCACUUUGUCGGUAAGAAAUUUUAUCACACUUUAUAUUGUUUCUGAUUUUAAUUUGAUUAUUUAAUUAAUAUAGAUAUAUUUAUUUCAUUUAUUGUUUGAAUUUAACUUAGUCUAUGAAUAAAUAUUCUGUAUCAGAAGGUA